AUGGCGACCACUAAGCGACACCAUUCUCUUCUGCAUCGACACAACAGCACUCGCAGCUCGAAAGAACAAAUCGCGUCCUCUCCAGAUGUCUUCGAUGGAACAGAUGCCGUCACUGCGCAUAAGAAAGUAGCAGUCUCGAGGGUAGUAGAAGCGUAUGAUGCCCUCCGGGCAGAGAAUCGGAGCAGCUCACCUACCAUUGAACAAAGCACACCCGAGGACCCAUUCGCGUUUGAGUCACUUGUCGUCUCACUACCAAAUGGCGAGGUCCGCACAUUCAAGUACUUUGUACGGAAAUGGGACCCUAAGCAACAUGCGGACCCUGAAUUCGAAGAUGCAAUAUCAUCCUGGAGAACACAAUUCGAGGAGGCAGCACUCAAGCAUUUCUUCAGACGCAUAGCCCUCUGGAACGAGAGCGAAGAGAUUAUGCUCGCGGCGAAGCAGCAGAAGGCAAUGGAUCGGAAGAAUGGGAGGCGGAGAGAUCGAGCGACUUCGAUAAGUAAGAUGUGGUCGAAAGAGCGAUGGCGAGAUUCUGACAACGAGAGUGGUGUAAGAGAUGAGUUGAAGCAAGUGACGACGAGAGAGGGUCUGGCGCAGCUACUGUGGACGCUCUUGAACGACCAGACCGAUCCAUUAUGCCCGGAGCUGUUUGAAGUGUGUAAGGAGGCCGUGAAGGCCAAGUAUAGCAUCCUUACGGUUGGAGGGGUGCAGUAG